CGGCGCGAAGUAACAAACAUAUUUAUAUUUGCAAAUCCAUCGGAAAUUUAAUCUAACCGAGGCUUUAUUAAGACCACAAAGAGGCCAGAGCUCGUUCGUCCGCUCUCGUAAAAAAGUGUACAUUAAUUCUUAAAAAAAUUACAAUAAACUAUUGCAACUUGGUGUUGUUUUCACCUAAUUUUAAGUUUUAGCCAUCAUGUAUGGUCAAAAUGUUCGAAACGUUUCCUAUUAUCCACCCUAUGGCUAUAAUGGAUAUAAGCAAAGCGGCGAACGUAUGUGGCGCAUGUCCCAUUCACUACCCUCUGGAAUGGACACAGAUUUCACAUCAUCGUAUCCCGGUCCAUCGGCAAUGAAUCCACGCGGCCGCGGAGGUUAUAAUGAUUUUUCAGGUGGCGGCAGUGCAAUGGGCUCCAUGUGUAACAUGGCACCGGCGCAAAGUACAAACUCGCUGAACAGCGGCGGCGACGGUGGCGGCGGAGAUACUCAGGCCGUCAAUGGCACCAAUCUAAUUGUCAACUAUUUGCCUCAGGACAUGACAGAUCGUGAAUUAUAUGCCCUGUUUAGAACGUGUGGUCCCAUAAACACUUGUCGAAUCAUGAAAGACUAUAAGACUGGCUACAGUUUUGGAUAUGCUUUUGUUGAUUUUGCCUCCGAAAUUGAUGCCCAAAAUGCCAUUAAAACCGUAAAUGGCAUUACAGUAAGGAAUAAACGUUUAAAGGUUUCAUAUGCCCGACCCGGCGGAGAAUCAAUUAAGGAUACCAAUUUAUACGUCACCAAUUUGCCACGUACAAUCACCGACGACGAACUGGAGAAGAUCUUUGGCAAAUAUGGCAACAUUGUACAAAAGAAUAUUCUCAGAGAUAAACUCACUGGUAGACCGAGAGGUGUAGCAUUUGUAAGAUUCAAUAAACGCGAAGAAGCCCAAGAGGCCAUAUCGGCCUUGAAUAAUGUCAUACCAGAAGGUGCCUCACAGCCCCUGACUGUGCGUCUGGCCGAGGAGCAUGGCAAAAUGAAGGCCCACCACUUUAUGAAUCAAUUGGGAAUGGGUCCACCGGCUGCCCCCAUUCCCGCUGCUGGCCCUGGCUACAACAAUAUGGUGCACAGAGGUAGACAAAAUAAAAUGCGCAAUCACAAAGUACAUCCCUAUCAUAAUCCCCAGAAAUUCAUAUAAAUUUGAAGGCAAACUAAGAGCGUUUCUUUUUUUCUCAAUAUAAUAACACACAUACAUACAUAUAUAAUCAAAUUAGAAGAAAACGUGGCAUGUAUCACACAUAAACAUAAGUAUACAUACGUACAUACAUUUUAAAGGAAUCGUGACAAAGAAAAGCUCGUCUCUAACAAAAUACGGGACACAUACAUAUUCCCUGAGUUGAACAAAAUAUACACAUAUAUAAACAUAAAUAUAUAAAUAGUUGUAGUAGUUCUCUCCUCCUUUUCAAAAACAAAAAAUAUAUAUAUAUUACAAAGACCAAUGAAAUGACUCUGUGGAGAACCAUUAUGCUUAUCCUUGCGAACAUCAUUUUAAAUUAAUUAAAGAGAGUUGUGGCAACAUUUCCGCCGAAUGCUAAAAGAAAUUAUAUUUUUCCAUCUUGUGUCAUGAAUAUGAUCCAAAAAUGAUCGCUUUUAACUUAUCUUAAGGGGAUAUAUCCAGUUGCAGAGCACAAAUAAGGUUUUUUUUUUUUAAAUUACAAAUUGUUUUUAAAGAAAACAUCUUUAAGAAUUGUUUAACUUGGUCUUGAGCUAAACGUUUUUCCACGUAAUGAUGUCGUUACUUAUUCUGUAUUACCAGAAAGGGGAACAUGUAGACAGGUUUUUAAUAAAUAUAAGUAUAAAAUAGACGAGAGACUUAAAAAAUAGUCUUCAAGAACAAUGAGCAAACAAAACAACUGGUGUAUUAAAUAAGCCAGCAAAAGCUUAAGAGGCCAUUUCGAAUCAUGCCAUUUCGAAGAUGAACAAACAGAUUCUCUUUCAGCGCUCAUAACGAAAUAAUGUUCCCUUGUUCGAAUUGCCCUACAAAAUUUAAUUUUUUUAAAUUGCAAAUGAAUAUUAACACAAGAAAUUUGGGAAAAGUCUCUCUUUUCGGAAUAUUGUCUGCAAUGGUAACAAGCUAAUUGUAAAUGGGAGUUUCGUUAUAGCUCUUUUCAAUAGUUAAUAGUAAUUCAUUGUAGAAAAUUUUAUGAUUUUCCUUUGAGAUCACCAACUUUUGUUCUCAAAAUAUUGAAAUUGUUUCGCACGACGAAGAACUAGAAACUUAAUUGAAAACAGUUUACCAGGAGUUUGCUCAAGUAAAAUUGUCUAACACAAAUCAAGACAUCACCAAAAUUAGGAAGUCAAAAUAAGAAUUCGGAAGGAAAAUAGUAAAAAGUCUCCCAUACUGAAAUGAAAAAGGUGUUCCUUCUUUAAACAGGGAAAUUCCUUGUGAUAUCACCAUUAAAGUAAUCAAAUCGAAAGGAUAUCAUGAUGACUGGCAAUACACGAGUAUUCAACUCUCAAAUUAGCGUUUUCUUAGAUAUGGAAAAAAUCUUUUUAACUUACUUCUAAAUAAAUACAAUCACCACAACUACAAUACAACAACAAAAAUUGAAAGUCUAUAUUAAUACAAUGUUAACUUUAGAUUCCCAAUAUACAUAUAUAUUCAUAUUUGAAAUUAUUAAAUUCUAUUAAUAUGAAAUGCAGAAAAUGGAAGAAAAAAAUACAAAAAACUAUCUUUGUAGAAGAUUAGAAAUAAAAACUUAGUAUCUCAACAAC